AUGCCUGGUGUUGUCGAUACGCCCGUCGGGGCUGCGGCACCUGCUUGGGAUCUAGGAUUCAGUGUCGGGCAUCAAAAGGUCGAGCUCGAUAUCGAUUUGGCCAGCAAAAGCCUGAAGGGCAAUACAGAAAUCACCAUUCACCCACACAGGCAAGACCUAGGAACCAUCUGGUUAAAUUUUCGGCAAGGCGAGAUCAAGCGACUCAGUGUCAACGGCAAACAGGCCACAGCGAAAUACUCUGAUCCCUACGAAUCUAUCCAACUCUACGGACCCCAUUACCAUGAACGCUUAGUCCCAAAGCUCGACAGUCUACUUCAAACUCCUCCGAAGCCCACGCUCGCCAUAACGAUUCCCAAAAACGUUCGAAUCGACGAGCUGGACCCAUCUUCAGCUGAAGCUCAAGACCAGAUCGCUCUUCAAUCUAUAGCCGGUGAUGUGGACGGGCCAGGAGGUUCGAGGGCGCAAGAAGCGACUCUCCCGCGAUUCGCAGCUCUCACGGUGAACCUUGAAUUCGCCAUUGAUAGCAUUCGCGAUGGUUUACAAUUCGUGGGCGUUGAGCAUGGCGAUCGCCGUUAUCCACAUGCCUACACAACCAACUCGCUCGAGUCUGGUAUCGGAUGUCCCUUGUUUCCAUGCGUCGAUGAUACGUCCUCGAGAUGCACAUGGGAGUUUUCGAUAACUUGCCCCAGCUCGCUCGGUGGUGUGUUUGACCGCAAGUCCCGCUCACGGCCGCAGAACGCCCAACUUUCUGCCGACGACGAGGGCCUGGAUAUGUCCGUGGUUUGCUCCGGUGACCUGACUGAUGACAUUGUCGAUCCUAAAGAUCCCAGUCGCAAAACGGUCUCAUUUGCGUCAUACUCGCCUUUAGGGGCUCAACAAAUCGGGUUCGCUAUUGGCCCAUUCGAGUAUGUCAACCUUGCCGACUUCCGUGAGAGUGACCAGGACGAACAGCUUGGACAAAACGCAAUUCCUUUACACGCAUUUUGUCUCCCAGGUCGAGCAGAUGAAGUCCAGAAUACGAGCUUCCCCAUGGCACAGGCUAUCGAUUUCUUCUCGUUGUCUUAUGGAUCCUACCCGUUUGCCAGCUACAAGAUCUGUUUCGUGGAUGACGUCCCCACUGACAGUCUUCCCACUGCCUGCAUGUCAAUUUGCAGCAAUCAUCUCCUUUUCCCAGCAGAGAUGAUCGAUCCCAUGUAUGAAUCGACACGAACACUGGUGCACGGUCUGGCUUGCCAGUGGUCCGGCAUCAAUAUCAUUCCAAAUGAGCCAGCGGAUACAUGGGUAACAGUGGGUGUGGCAUGGUUUAUCACAGACACAUUUAUGAAGCACCUUUGUGGCAAUAACGAAUAUCGAUUCAGACUCAAACAAAUGUCUGACCGAGUCUGCGAAUUGGACUUCGAACGUCCUUCGAUUUACGAUAUGGGCAACAUCCUCAAGGUUGACCCCUCUGAAUACCGCUUCGUUGCACUGAAGGCACCUUUGGUUCUGUGGAUCCUCGAUCGCCGACUAACCAAGGCUAGUGGAAAGCCCACGAUGUCUCGCAUUGUUACUCGACUGUUCCUAAACUCUCGCAUGGGCGAUAUGCCCAACGGAGCUGUCACCUCAUCUCUCUUCCAGAAAACUUGUGAACGACUGGGUCACGCUAAGUUGGAUGUUUUCUUCCAACAAUGGGUAUACGGCGCAGGGUGCCCGCGGUUCACGGCUAGUCAGCGGUUUAACAAGAAAAAGCUAGUUGUGGAGAUGAUGAUCCGACAGAUCCAGGCUGAGCAACAGCCUCCACGAGAUCUUGAGAAGGACACAUUCCUACGUGACGUCAAAGAAGAAGUUCGGCAUGUCUACGCCGGUGCAGUACAACCGGUGUUCACGGGAUCAAUGACACUCCGAAUUCACGAAGCCGAUGGCACACCAUAUGAACAUAUCGUUGAGAUUAAGGAGGGAGUGACGAAGUUCGACAUUCCGUACAAUACCAAGUAUAAAAGGCUUAAGCGCAACAAGAAGCAGAGAGAGCGGGCUGUGGCAUCUGGAGAUGCCGAGGUUCAGGAAGAAGUUCUCCUUUACUGUCUGGGAGACGUUCUCCAAACAGAGGAAGAGGCACAAUCUUGGCGUCUGGCUGACUGGACAAAAGAGGACGAAGAGCGAAUGGGACAGGAAUCUUACGAGUGGAUUCGUAUGGAUGCAGACUUUGAGUGGAUCUGCAAACUGUCUCUCGGUAUGCCAGGUUAUAUGUACCUGUCACAGCUACAACAGGAUCGAGAUGUCGUGGCACAGCUUGAGUCCUUGCAAUAUAUGGCCGCCCAACGAGAACAUCCUCUAAUUUCCACAAUUUUCGUUCGAACUCUGAUGGACAGUCGGUACUUCCACGGUAUUCGUGUCACGGCAGCUCGCGCGUUGGUGAAGCAUGCGAAAGAUGAGGUUGACUGGGUAGGCUUGUAUCAUCUUGAAACGGCAUUCCAGGAGCUUUUCUGUCUUCCGGGUUCGCCCAUGACGCGUUCGAACGACUUCUCUGACCGAGCAGCCUACAUCUUGCAACAAGUCAUUCCCGAUGCCAUCUCCAAAGUGCGCGACAAUAGUGGAAAGACUCCUCUGCGGGUGAAACGGUUCCUCUUCGACAAACUGAAGUUUAACGACAACUCCAAUAAUGAGUACUCUGACAACUUCUACGUCGCGUCACUUAUGAAGUCUCUGUGUCACGCAAUGCUUGGCAGGAACGAAUCUCGGAAUGAUGAAGAACUGGAUCAUUUCGAUAUGGAACGCGUUCUUGAGACUCAGGCCGAGGAACAGCUUGAGAAAGAUGCUAUCGCCGAAUUCGAUCGCUAUCGGCGAAUGGAUGAAUGGUCCAGCUCAUUCCAGAAUCUAUAUUCCCGAGCUGCAUUGCAUUGCCAGGCGCAACUGAUGCAAGCGAAGAUAAUCAACGUGGAUCUAAUGCGUUUCCUCCCCUACACACGGGCAGGAACGUACGACCUCCUGCGGAUUCAGGCGUUCCAGUGUCUGGUGGACCUAGACAUUGGCCAAAGCCCUGAGCUUCUGCGGUGGCUCAUGUAUACGUUGUCGACGGAUUCCUCGGCCUGGAUUCGCCAUCAGAGCCUGGGUCUGCUAGGACAGGCCUUGGCACAAGUUGCCUUCGGUCGUCCCCAACAACCAGAAGGCGCACAGACAGACGGUCUGAUCAUUGAACAAGAGUCCACCACGGAAGUCCGCCGGGACGACAUCGCGAGACGACAGACUAUUCCUGGUGCUAUUGAAGCUCUGAAGCGAGAGCUUUCUCUCGAUGGAUCCAUGAAGGAGUAUAUGUGGGCCGCAUGCAAUUCCCCAACCAUGAACCUUCUGGAACUAUCGGAGCUUACCGAUCUUUGCCGCGUGCUUUACGACCCCAUAACGUCCAAGCUUGUGCGGAUGAGACUUCCUCGAUACUGGAAUGUCAAAAAUCUGGGUCAUGGAAAAUUGCACUUUACCAAAUCCAGCACUGUCCGCAUGGGUCCAUCAAAGGGCUCUUCCAAGCGGAAACGGGAAGAGGGCAUGCCUCCGCCUUCUACUCGCAUUACCUUCAAGACGUCCAAGACUGGCACGACUCCCAGUACCCCGUCUGCCACUCCUCUUCCAAAACUCCAUAUCCCUAAUCCCUCUGCAACACCCAGUGCGACCCCCAGAACCCCGGCCGCAUCUACAACCCCUACCCCAGCCAGCGGCGGCCCGCUGAAGCUCAAACUCAAGUUCGGUUCAAGACCAACAUGA